AAGACUUGCCACCUCUGAUCUCUCCCAGUUUGAAUCCUUGAAGAAGGAAAUUCGGUUGACACUCGAGGGCUUGAACCAUGGCAUCGGCUCCGCUGCUGCAAAACGACACGUUGCCCCCCGCUAAUGCGGGGGUGGCUGUAGGACUGGAGCUGGGAGUGCUGCAUGAGGGCUUCAGCCCGGACAGCAUGACCUCCAAAGGCGACCAACGUGUCAGCAUGGUCCCCGACGUUGCCGAACAGCUCAUCAAGGAUGGCUAUGGAGUGAAUGUGGAGAAGGGUGCGGGUGUGUAUUCUGGCUUUGCCGACCAGGCUUACGUGCAGAAGGGCUGCCGCAUCGCGAACAGGGCAGAAGUCAUCAAGAAGAGCAGUGUGCUCUUCUCCAUCGAACCGCCAGUGUCGGACUUUGCGGCCUGCAAGGGCAAGGUGGUCAUUUCCUGGGUGGGUCGCCUGCUCGACAAGGGCAAGGACAUUUGCGAGAAGGCCAAGGCGGCCGGUGUGACGCUCAUUGACGUGACAGCGGUUCCGCGCAUCACCAUCGCGCAGAAGCUGGACGUGCUUAGCUCUCAGGCAAAAGUAGCAGGUCAUCGAGCUGUCAUUGAAGCAUCGUACGCUUUCGGUCGCUUCCACACUGCGGAGAUGACUGCAGCAGGCAAGUACCCGCCCUCCCAGACCUUCGUGCUGGGCUGCGGGGUGGCGGGCCUGGCGGCCAUCGGCACCUCCAAGGCCAUGGGCUCCGUGGUGCGCGCCUGGGACGUGCGGGACGUGUCGGACCAGGUGCACUCGAUGGGGGCCAAGUGGGUCGCUGUGGACUUCAAGGAGAGCGGCGAGGGCCAGGGCGGCUACGCCAAGGAGAGCUCCGACGCCUUCAAGAAGUUCCAGCAGGAGACCUUCAAGAAGGUCCUCUCGGAGGUGGACAUCGCCAUCAGCACCGCGGCCAUCCCGGGGAGGCCCUCCCCGCUGCUCAUCACCAAGGACGCGGUGGCGGCCAUGAAGCCCGGCAGCGUCAUCGUGGACCUGGCCGCCCAGGGGGGCGGCAACUGCGAGCUCACGAAGCCCAACGAGAUCUACACCACGGAAAACGGGGUGACCAUCAUCGGGUACUCAGACAUGCCGGCCCGUAUGGCGAACCAGGCCAGCACAAUGUACGCGCAGAACAUGUGCAAUCUUCUCCGACACAUCCAUGCCAAGGGCAAGGCCGCGGAGUUUUUGAAGAACCUCAACGGAGCCCUUGAUGCAGGCGAAGAAGGCGACAUCGUCUCCCGCAGCAUUGUGUGCAGCCGCAACGGCCAGCUCGUGAAGAUGCCGCCGCCGCCCCAGCCGACCCCGGUGAAGCCAAAGGCGGCGGCGCCUGCGGAGAAGAAGGCGGCGAAAGCGGACCCCUUGAAGGCGAGCUUGGUGUCUGCCUUUGUGCUGACCUUCGGCAUCUGCUGCUUGCUGGCCAUGGGCGAGGGCGUGAAGAGCUCGCUACUGACCACCUUCCUCCUCGCUGGAGCUGCAGGCUACCAGGCAGUGUGGGGCGUUGCCCAUGCGCUGCACACGCCGCUGAUGUCUGUUACCAACGCGAUCUCCGGGUGCACCGCCAUCGGGGGUUUGCUGCUGCUGGAGAAAUCCGAGUCCCCGGUGGCGUAUCAACUGGCGGCCCUUGCGGUGCUGGUCUCCUCGGUCAACAUCUUCGGCGGCUUCGUGGUGUCCCAGCGCAUGCUGAAUUUGUUUAAGAAGCCAGGGGACAAGGACUACUCAGGAAUGAUGCUGUUCCCUGCAGUCAUCUUCCUCAUCAUCUCAUUGCAAGCGCCUGACUUGCUGAAGGCCGUGAGCACUGUCUCAGCGCUGCUCUGCGUUGCCGCAAUCGGCGGUCUGGCCACGAUGUCCACGGCGAACGCCGGGUGCAAGUUUGGCAUGGUCGGUGUGUUCGGCGGCAUGAUCGCCACGAUGGUGGGUUUGUCGAAGGCGAACCUGCUCUUCAGCUCUUUGCUGCUGGUGAUCGGUGGUUCGGCAGGCAUCUUCAUGGGCCUGAAGGUGAGUCCCAUCGCGCUGCCGCAGACGGUGGCGGCCUUCCACUCGCUGGUGGGACUGGCAGCCAUGUGCACCUCCAUCGGCAGCUUCGUGAGCCGACCAGUGUCUGGCGCCACCAUGGAGAACACCUCGGCCAUUUUGGGCGACUUCAUCGGGGGCGUCACCUUGACCGGUAGCCUGAUCGCCUUUGGCAAGCUGAACGGGAACCUGAGCUCCAAGGAGCUGUCGCUGCCCGGGAAGAACUACUUGAACCUCACCGGGCUGUUUCUUUUUAUCUUCUUCAUGUACCUCUACCUCCAGCCAGAUGAGAAGCACGGCGUGCUGAUCCUGUGGAUCGUGGGAGCCUUGGCCUGCCUCAUGGGCCUCCACCUGGUGGCCAGCGUGGGCGGCGGCGACAUGCCAGUGUGCAUCACAGUGCUGAACUCAUAUUCCGGCUGGGCCUUGGUCGCAGAGGGCUUCCUGCUGAAUAGCAACGUCCUGACCAUUGUGGGCUCCUUGAUCGGCUUUAGCGGAGCUAUCCUCACGAAGAUCAUGUGCGAUGCAAUGAAUCGCGACAUCUUCAAUGUGCUCUUUGGUGGCAUGAACAACGCUCCUGCAGUGAAGGGUGAUGAUACUGGCCCCAAGGAGCAUGUCGAAUGCAACGUGGACCUUUGCGCUGAGAUGCUGGUGAAUGCCAAGGAGGUGCUUGUGGUGCCGGGUUACGGCAUGGCCAUGGCGAGAGCCCAGACACCCAUGGGGGAGUUGGCCGCGAUGCUGCGGAAGAACAACAUCACCCUGAAGUUUGGCGUGCACCCAGUGGCCGGCCGAAUGCCGGGCCAGAUGAAUGUGCUCCUGGCUGAGGCCGGUGUCCCGCACGAGUGGGUUCUGGAGAUGGACGAGGUGAAUCCUGACAUGGAGAACUUUGACGUGGUGCUUGUGAUGGGCGCCAACGAUGUAGUGAACUCUGCUGCUCAGGAGUUGGAAGGCUGUGCCAUCUGGGGCAUGCCAGUGAUCGAGGUCUGGCGAGCGAAGAAGGUGAUCUUCUGUAAGCGAUCCAUGGGAGGAGGCUAUGCUGACCUGGACAAUCCCGUGUUCUACAAGAGCAACACGGAGAUGCUUCUUGGAGAUGGCAAGAAGACGGCAGAUUCGCUGGUCACCAAGGUUCGCGAGCGUCUCGAGAAGGUCUAAGGAGACUACAGCGCCAGGACGUUUGACAUUUUGAACUCUCAUCUCAAUUUUGUCGUGGAGAGUGCACCCAGCACGGUGGUACAGUUGAGUCGCAGACACAUUCACCAAAGUUUCGAACGCUUGAAUGUGAGCUGCGACUGCAACGCGUUUCAGUUUAAUAUUUGACUCCUUGUUCCUCAGACGCACUCACGCAUCGGCACCUGUGCCAGUCCAAAAUGUCGGACGCGAGGAUGAUGCGUGAUGCGUCUGCUUUGCUUUCAGAGUAGGACCCAAGUCGAAAGACAUGAAGGCCAGCG